AUGGGAGCGGUACAGCAAGGGGCUGGGAUGGGAGCGGUACAACAAGGGCAGCGGAUCAGCCAACCAGGCAUGUCGCAAGGACAAUCUCAAUAUUUACAAUCAAAACCUGCAAACAUGUCACACCAAGGUGUUCAGAACGCUUCUUUGCAACAUGGAACAGGCCAGCCAAGUGCAGUUCAGUCCAGUGUAACCACAAGACAUGUUCCUGGUCAAGGAGGGACUCCUGCUUCCUCGACCAUGAAUGAUCGACAAGUGCUGCAGCAGCAGAUGCAACAAGCGCAGCAACAGAAGCAGCAACAGAUGCUGAAAGCUCUGCCGAUCCCGGCGGAAGAACAGAUUCAUCAAGCGCCACCAUUGCCGUUUGUGAAAGAAAACGAAAUCAAACGAAAGAGACUCUUCGUCCCCGACCUUCGCAAGAUGAUGUACGGCUUUGGAGAUCAUAAGGCGCCGCUGCCUGAGACCGUCGAUCUUAUGGACGAUAUCGUUCAUGACUUCGUCGUCAGGAUGGCCAUAGACGACAUCUUGUUCCUUGUUCGUAAGCACCCCAAGAUGUACUACAGAGCACGAGAGCUUGCAAGGACUGAUAAGGAGCUCACACAAGCGAGAAAUGCGACAGAAGGGAUCACUAAGGUGAAGCUCAAGUAG